GUCAGCUAGCGCCGGGUUACGUUAUGCGAUGGGCUAACCCCAAAUAAAAAGUACAGUGUAUCCCGAGUAGCUAGCCUAGGCCCAAGGAGGUAACUCUAACCGAGAGCACUGGCACAGAGUGGGGGCGAGAGCGGCGGGGGAUGCGAACUCCUGAAUAUUUUAUUUGUUCUACUAUUUUUGUGACAGAAUUCGUGCCGUUGUCUCUUAGCUAGUUUGAUAGAGCAAAUGAAGGGCUGCGUCGACAUAAACAGAGAGAGAGAACCGGUGAUCAAGUAUUUAUUUUGUUAUCCAACCGUCCGCUCUUUCCGUCGCCCCCCGGCCCGUGCCAGCCCGAGCGCUCCGAAUCUCACGGGGCAAAGAUACGGGCACAAAACGGGGCACGGACAGCUCUCUCUGCCCACUCCGUCUGGCCGUUCUACCGCUGUUCAGGCCUCUAGUCUUUUCUUGGCGGACACCGACGAGACUCUCCCGCUACCCUUCGAUACCCGGUGGUGCUGGGCUAGAGCGUUAUGGCUCAGACGCUACAGAUGGCGAUCCCUAACUUUGGCAACAACGUGUUGGAGUGUCUCAAUGAGCAGCGUCUCCAGGGGCUCUACUGCGACGUCUCCGUGGUUGUCAAGGGACACGCCUUCAAGGCGCACCGGGCGGUCCUGGCGGCCAGUAGCUCCUACUUCCGGGACCUGUUCAACGCUGGAGGGAAGAGCAGUGUGGUGGAGCUCCCCCCGGCCGUCCAGCCCCAGAGCUUCCAGCAGAUCCUGGCCUUCUGCUACACAGGCCGCCUCAGCAUGAACGUAGGGGACCAGUUCCUCCUCAUGUACACCGCAGGCUUCCUGCAGAUCCAGCAGAUCAUGGAGAAGGGCACAGAGUUCUUCCUUAAGGUCUCCUCCCCUAGCUGUGACUCCCAGGGUCUUCAUGCAGAAGAGACUCCGCCCUCCGAGCCCCAGAGCCCUGUCACUCAAACCACAGGGGGAGGGGCUGGGGUGGUUUCCACGGCAGCAUGUAGGCCCGCCUCCUGCCUGACACCCCUCCCCCUGGUGUCGAGGGUGAAGACGGAGCAGAGCGGGACUACGCCACAACCCACACCACAGCAGCAGGAGGCCACUUCCUACUCGGUGGUGUGCAGCCCUGUCGCCAAGCGCCUGUGGGAGGGGGGCAACCGCGGUGACGGGGGAGGGGGGUCGGGAGGAGGAGGGGGGUCCAGGAAAGCCGCCCGCUACUCUUCCUCCUCCGCCUCCUCAAACAACUGCAACUCCCAAGAUGCAACGGGCAGAAAUGUUGUUAACCACAGUAACCAUAACAACAACAACAGUAACCAUAACAGCAGCAGCGUCGGGACGCCGGACGGAACGAGUCCGGGGACGCUGAGCAUGUACACCAGCGACUCGCCCCUUAGUUACCACGAUGACGAGGAGGAAGAGGAAGUGACCGAUGACAGCGCUGAAGAGCAGUACAGGCAGAUCUGUAACAUGUACACAAUGUACAGUAUGCUCAAUGUGGGCGCCACAGUAGCGGGCGAGCGUGUGGAGUCCCUACCGGAGCACCUCACGGCCGAGACCCGGGGCGGCAGGGGGGUGAGGCUACGCCAGGAUCUGGCUUCGCUACCUGCCGAACUCAUCACCCAGAUAGGUAACCGGUGCCACCCACGGCUGUACGAGGAGGGGGACCCUGCAGAGAGGCUGGAGCUGGUGACGGGUACCUCCGUGUUCAUCUCCCGCGCCCAACUCAUGAACUGUCACGUCAGCGCCGGCACGCGGCACAAGGUCCUACUGAGGAGGCUGCUGGCCUCUUUCUUCGACAGGAGUACUCUAGCGAACAGCUGUGGGACGGGGAUCCGCUCUUCUACCAACGACCCCAGCCGCAAGCCCCUGGACAGCAGAGUACUGCACGCCGUCAAGUUUUACUGCCAGAACUUUGCGCCGAGCUUCAAGGAGAGCGAGAUGAACGCCAUCGCGGCUGACAUGUGCACUAAUGCCCGCCGGGUCGUCAGGAAGUCCUGGAUCCCGAAGCUCAAGCUCCUCAUGGCCGAGGGUGACGCCUACUCCGCUUUCCUCCAAUCAGACGCCAUCAAGAUGGAGGCUGACGCCCUGGGGGCGGAGCAUGGGUUCGACCCCAACUCCCUGGCAGAAGAGGCGGCGGCAGCCAAUAGCGAUGCGGGACCUUCUUCGGGGGAGGGGUUACAAGGCGUUGUGGGCGGAGACGGCAGCACUUUGUUUUAAAACAUUUGACUUGUUGCCAAGACUCCCUGAAAAGCAGAGGAGAUGUGUUACUGAAAGAUGGUUGAACAGUUGGUGACUGGAUGAGGAAGAAGAUGCUCUGAUCUGGUAUCCAUGUUGAUGAUGCAGUAUGAUUUCCUAUACGUCUACUGAAUUCUGUGUAGAGAGAGAGAGAGAGAGAGAGGGAGGAGUAAGGGACCGUUUAAAAUCAUGUCAGCUCACGCCCAUAUUCACAUUUCGAAGGAAAGUGACAUUUGUUGUCUCUCACUAUUAAGCAAGUAAUAACUGAAUAAUGUACUUGUCUUGCACUAUAAUACUAUAAUACAAGUCUUAUCCAAAUACUAGAAUCGUCUCCAUUUGACCAAGCUUGAAGCUGUGGGCUAGGGUGUAGGGGCUAGAGUGUAGAGGCAUUAUGUUAGAUGUGUGUACUGUGUAGUGUACACAGGGUGGACCCAUUCUGUAUUUGGUUUCGUUAUGGACUGAGGGAGGGUUGGUGUAUCCUGCUAAGAGGCAUUCAUGACACACACACACACACACACACACACACACACACACACACACGGAUUAAAGUACCCUAGAGGACUAAUCCCUAUACAUCCUGGGUGGAUACAAUGGUGCCAAUUAAAGUAAUACGACACACACACACACUUUGCGUGUCAGUGUGUGGAUGGUGACAGAAGUGUGUGUUGUCACAUGCGGCAGAGAGUGAGAACCCAGACGGAGUGUGCUCACACACGCUUGGCUGACUCAUUCAUCCAUCUCUCUGGUGUGUGUGUGAUGCUGCAUCUCUCUCACACACACACACACACACACACACACCGGUGCACCCAGACUGAUCCAGCCGCAGCACACUGCCAGCCUAUAAACAUCACUGUAAAGCUCUGUUGAACACACCUUGUGAGAAACUACAGAGAGGAGAUGGACCUUGACAAGCCAUGAAUAACGACCAACUGUCAUUCUAGCUACAGCUCAUCAGUGAUUGGAUGAAAGAUGACUGUGGCAGUUCCCAUCUAUCACAGUACCAGUAGGGAGCCAAUGACACCACCGCCAGUAUCCCAUCAUACAGUAGAAUCAUGGCGUGUCAAAGAGGAAGGACCCGUUGCCCCUAAACGCUGAUCUAUGGUCAUGUUUGCCUUUUCCCGCUAGUUGUCAAGGUUUGGGGAGGGCAAGCUGAUCCUAGAUCAAGGGGUUUGUACUCUGAGCAGAAGUGAGCAUAGACAGGCUAGUGCUAUAGACACAGUUGUUAGUGAUAGCCUGGUCCCAGGUCUGUUUGUAGGAUCUUGCCGCCACCUUGUAACUCGUUGCGUAACAAUUCCAUAAGGAGUUGACAAGGGAGUAGAAACAGACUGGCACCUUGUAAUGCAGUUGGUGUCGGUGCCGACGGGGGGCUCCGUUGUGAUUGUCAGGCUUGGUCUGUUGUGUCACUGCACUGUUACUGUGGUGAUCUGCUGUGUGUUUGGGGUAGAAACACACACUAAAAUAUUCACACACACACGCACACUAAAACACACUCGCACACUAAAACACACUCGCACACUAAAACACACUCGCCCAUUAAAACACACACACACACUGCUUUGGAGUUGAGGGUUAAUCAAUCGUAACACUUCCCCCACACUCUGACUGUGAACCUAAACAGACCGAGUGUAGAACAAACAACUAUAAAAUAAACCUGGGUAAAAUAUAGGCUUAACAUUGUCAUCGUAACUCCCCCUUUCAACCAGCCAACCAAAAGAAAGCCUUGGAGUUGUUUUUAUAUCUGGAAACUACCGUUGUUGUUUUUUAGAUCAGAGUUAUCUAAGUGUCUGCUUUUAGGCCUGGCUUUUAAAACGGGCCAUAUGUUGUUUACGUUUGUAGUUUAUUUUAAUUUUAUAUAUAUAUAUAUAUAUUGAGGUUUUAGAGUGUUUCUAUAAAAAGGCUAACUGUCAAAGAAGAGCCCAGGUUUUAAAAGUGUAACGGGCAGGCACUACUAGAGCUUCCAUUUGGCCUGGACGGGUGGGUGGUGGGGAGGUCUGGAGCCCACCCCUCCUUUUGUUAACCACAUGGUAUGAUCCUUGGGGACUUCACCAAGUUCUAUCACUGACAGAGAGAAAGAGAGAAGUGAGUAGGAUGAGAAAUUUGCACUUUUUUUUUAAUGCAUUUGUCAAGCGCUGCCUUAAAGGGAAAAAAUAGUGAGUGGCUGACAGGACAGAGACAGAGAGGAGGACAGUCUGUCUCUGAGAGGAGAGGAGGACAGUCUGUCUCUGAGAGGAGAGGAGGACAGUCUGUCUCUGAGAGGAGAGGAGGACAGUCUGUCUCUGAGAGGAG